GGCUUCGCGAGUGAAUUGUGACGUGCGUUAGUUUGCUGUGGCGAAUUUUUGUCAAUUAAACUAGUUUUUUGUGAAUUAAUCGCUUGAAAUUUGUGAAUAAUCGGAGAAAUGGCAUCUGAGGAUGAGAAUGACGAUACUUUUCAAGAAGAAGAAGAAGCACUUGAUGAGUCAGCACAAGUAGCUGAACUAUCGAAUGAUUCCGAUGCGCCUUUGAAGCCGAACAAUGAUGAAGAUGAUGAUUACGAUCCCGACGACAAUCGCAAAAAGAAGAAGGGUAAAAAGCGUAAAACCAAAAAGGGCGAAGAGAAAGGCCGUAAGAAAAAGAAGCGUAAGAAGAAUGAUAGCGACGAUGAUAGUGAUUUUAUGCAGCAUGACGAGGAGGUUGACUAUGGUACAACAAAGCGUGGCCGAAAGCGCAAGGAGGCGGAAAAGUCCACAUCAAAAGAAAAGGAAUCCACUUCAUCAGGUAUGCCAUCUGUUGAAGACGUUUGUUCCGCCUUCAAUGUCACCGAUGUUGAGAUUGAUUAUACGGAAACGGAUAUGCAAAAUUUGACAUCAUACAAACUAUAUACACAACAUGUUCGCCCCAUCUUGCAAAAGGAAAAUCCGAAGAUACCAGCACCCAAGCUAAUGAUGUUAGUAGCAGCCAAGUGGCGUGAAUUCUGCGAAGUAAAUCCGAAUUUGCAGUCGGAGCAGGCCCGUAGUACGGGUGGUGAGGAAGCUGAGGAGCCACGAUCGUCACGUUCUUCACGCAAUGAGAAGCCUGACGAUAUUUAUGAGGAAGAAGAAGAGGAAGAAGACGAAGAGGAGGAGAAAGAAAUAUCACGUUCCCGCCGUAAGCGUGGCGGUCGUUCGAGCAGCAAGAAGGGUCGUCGGUCCGGCAAGGUACCAACAUUAAAGAUUAAGUUCGGUAAACGUAAGCGGGGCAGUUCCGAUGAAGAUCAGGAUGCUAGUGGCGCUUCAGAGCGUGAUUCCGAUCUAGAAUUCGAGAAGAUGUUACAGAAAUCUGAUGACAGUGCCGAUGAGAAAGAAUCCGCCGCUCUCACCGAGAAAGUUGAAGCACCUGUAGAGGAUGCUGCCGCCGCCGCACCAAUAGUGCGCAAAAAGGCGAAAACCAAGAUUGGUAAUAAGUUCAAGAAGAAGAAGAAGUUGAAGACCACUAGUCGUUUUCCGGAUGGUGAGGAGGGUGAGCACGAACACCAGGACUAUUGUGAAGUUUGCCAACAGGGUGGCGAAAUCAUUCUUUGCGAUACAUGUCCACGCGCAUAUCAUUUAGUUUGCUUGGAACCGGAAUUGGACGAGGCACCCGAGGGCAAAUGGUCAUGUCCGCAUUGUGAGGCUGAUGGUGGAGCGGCUGAAGAGGAAGACGAUGAUGAGCAUCAAGAAUUUUGUCGAGUCUGCAAGGACGGUGGCGAACUCCUAUGCUGUGACUCGUGUCCCUCAGCUUAUCAUACUUUCUGUCUCAAUCCGCCCUUGGACAAUAUACCAGAUGGCGAUUGGAAAUGUCCACGUUGUAGCUGUCCGCCACUUUCGGGCAAGGCAGAAAAAGUUAUUACCUGGCGUUGGAUUGAAUCAAAUGAACCGUCAACGUCGAAAAAGGCUAAAGCACGCAUGCGGGAAUACUUUGUGAAAUGGCACAACAUGUCCUAUUGGCAUUGCGAAUGGGUUUCUGAGGUGCAAAUGGAUGUCCAUCACCCGCUAAUGAUACGUUCCUACCAACGCAAAUAUGAUAUGGAAGAGCCGCCAAAAUUCGAAGAAUCACUAGACGAGGCGGAUUCGCGUUUUCAACGUAUUCAGCGCCACAAGGCCAAAGGCGGCAUACAAGUCGAGGAUGAAAAUGAGGAUUACAAAAAGGAUUUAGAAGAGCGUUUCUAUCGUAACGGUGUGAAGCCGGAAUGGCUAAUUGUGCAACGAGUUAUCAAUCAUCGUACGGCACGCGAUGGUACCACCAUGUAUUUGGUGAAGUGGCGCGAUUUGCCGUACGACAAAUCUACUUGGGAGGAUGAAACAGAUGAUAUACCCGGACUGAAACAAGCUAUUGAUUAUUAUCAAGAUUUACGCACGGCCUGCACCUCGGAGUCGACAACUUCGCGUGUUGGCAAGAAGGGUAAGAAGGGACGCAAAUCAAAGAUAAAGGAAAUUGAGGAUGAAGAUCGUGUUCAACGACGCUACACCCCACCACCUGAAAAACCUACAACCGACUUGAAAAAGAAAUAUGAAGGCCAACCCCAGUUCUUGGAUGAAACUGGAAUGCAAUUGCAUCCCUAUCAGAUCGAAGGCAUUAAUUGGCUACGGUAUUCGUGGGGCCAAGGUAUCGAUACUAUACUAGCCGAUGAGAUGGGUCUCGGAAAGACAAUCCAAACAGUAACAUUUUUGUAUUCUUUAUAUAAAGAAGGCCAUUGCAAAGGUCCAUUCUUAGUCGCUGUGCCGCUCUCGACCAUCAUUAAUUGGGAGCGUGAAUUUGAAUUGUGGGCGCCAGACUUUUAUUGCAUCACCUAUGUGGGCGACAAGGAUUCGCGUGCCGUUAUACGUGAGAAUGAGCUAUCCUUUGAAGAGGGUGCCAUACGCGGCGGCAAAGCAUCGCGCCUGCGCACAACUCAAUUUAAAUUCAACGUUCUGUUGACCAGCUACGAAUUAAUUUCCAUGGACGCUGCUUGUCUGGGAUCCAUUGAUUGGGCGGUGCUGGUCGUGGAUGAGGCACAUCGUUUGAAGAGCAAUCAAAGUAAAUUUUUCCGCAUAUUAAACAGUUACAACAUUGCAUAUAGAAUGCUGCUGACUGGCACACCGUUGCAGAAUAAUCUGGAGGAACUGUUUCAUUUGCUGAAUUUCCUUAGUCGAGACAAGUUUAGUGAUUUGAAUGCUUUCCAGAACGAAUUCGCAGAUGUGUCGAAAGAAGAGCAGGUGAAGCGCUUGCAUGAAAUGCUUGGACCACACAUGUUGCGUCGCCUCAAAGCUGAUGUGCUCAAGAAUAUGCCCUCGAAAUCAGAGUUUAUUGUGCGUGUAGAACUUUCGGCUAUGCAGAAGAAAUUCUAUAAGUUCAUUUUGACGAAAAACUACGAGGCACUUAAUUCAAAGAGCGGCGGUAACUCCUGCUCGCUGAUUAACGUAAUGAUGGACCUAAAGAAAUGUUGCAACCAUCCCUACUUGUUUCCCUCCGCUGCCGAAGAAGCACUAACGACCGCAGGUGGGAUGUAUGAAAUAAAUUCUCUAACCAAGGCCGCAGGCAAGCUGGUGUUGCUGUCCAAAAUGCUAAAGCAGUUAAAGGAACAAGGGCACCGUGUGCUAAUCUUUUCUCAGAUGACAAAAAUGUUAGAUAUACUGGAAGACUUCCUUGAGGGCGAGGGCUACAAAUAUGAGCGCAUCGAUGGUGGUAUCACAGGUAAUUUGCGUCAGGAGGCUAUUGAUCGUUUUAACGCGCCCGGUGCUCAACAGUUCGUUUUUUUGCUCAGUACGCGCGCUGGUGGUUUGGGUAUUAAUUUGGCUACAGCAGACACAGUCAUUAUCUAUGAUUCCGAUUGGAAUCCUCAUAAUGAUAUUCAAGCAUUUUCGCGCGCUCAUCGUAUUGGACAAGCAAAUAAAGUGAUGAUCUAUCGCUUUGUGACGCGUAAUUCUGUGGAGGAGCGUGUUACACAGGUGGCGAAACGCAAAAUGAUGUUGACCCAUUUGGUGGUACGUCCUGGCAUGGGCGGUAAAGGUGCGAAUUUCACCAAACAAGAAUUGGAUGAUAUUUUACGUUUCGGCACUGAAGAACUUUUCAAAGAGGAUGGCGAUAAAGAAGAGGCAAUUCACUAUGAUGACAAGGCAGUUGCUGAGUUGCUUGAUCGUUCGAAUCGUGGUAUUGAAGAAAAAGAAUCCUGGGCUAAUGAGUACUUGUCCUCAUUCAAGGUAGCUUCGUAUGCGACAAAAGAAGAGGAUGAAGAAGAGGAAACCGAAAUCAUUAAGCAAGAAGCAGAAAACUCUGAUCCGGCGUAUUGGGUGAAGUUGUUGCGUCACCACUAUGAACAACAUCAGGAAGAUGUGAGUCGUACUCUCGGUAAAGGCAAACGUGUACGCAAGCAAGUCAACUACACAGAUGGUGGUGUUGUGCCAGCGGACACGACUCGAGACGACGGAAAUUGGCAAGACAAUGCCUCCGAAUACAAUUCAGAUUACUCGGCCGGAUCAGAUGAGGAUGGAGGCGAUGACGACUUCGAUGAACAGAAUGGUGCUAUAGAUGGUCGUAAAGCCAAACGUCGCGUAGAGCGUCGCGACGAUCGUCCACUACCGCCUUUAUUGGCGCGUGUAGGCGGUAAUAUUGAAGUGUUGGGCUUUAAUGCGCGUCAGCGUAAGAGUUUCUUGAACGCCAUUAUGCGUUUUGGCAUGCCCCCACAGGAUGCUUUCAACUCGCAGUGGCUGGUACGUGACUUGCGUGGUAAAUCCGAACGCAACUUUAAGGCUUACGUCUCGCUAUUUAUGCGCCACCUUUGCGAGCCGGGCGCCGAUAAUGCUGAAGCUUUUGCUGAUGGUGUACCGCGGGAAGGUUUAUCUCGCCAGCAUGUUUUGACACGCAUUGGUGUUAUGUCGUUGAUUCGUAAGAAGGUGCAAGAGUUUGAACACAUCAAUGGCUACUAUAGCAUGCCAGAGUUAAUAUUAAAGCCGUGUGAGCCAGUACGCGGACAAAUCGGUGGUCUCCCAAAGUUAAUGGAUGGUCAACCAGCUGCAGCAGGAGCAGAGACUGAAGCUUCAAAAGCAACAGAAGACAAAAGCGCCACGACCAGUACUAGCGCUACUCCGGCUACCAGUGCAGCACCCAGCCCAGCUCCGGCAUCCGAAAAAGGGGAGGACAAGGCUGGCGUCAGCGGAGGAGUGGUUAAUGAUGAAAACAAAAAAGAAAAAGAGAACGAGAUGGGCACUACGUUAAGCGGCGAUAACGAGCAGAAGCCUGAAUUGAGCAAUGAGACAAAGGAUGAACAAAAGGUUGAGGUCUCUUCAUCAAGCGGUGAUGUGAAAUUCGAAAAAAGCGAAGAAACGGAUAAACCUGGUGAUGAGCUUGGAAAGGAUAUCAAAAUAGAAACGAGUGAUGGCAGUGAAGUGAAAAAAGAAGGCGACAACACUGCCUCGACAAAAGACACAAAGGAUUCUAAGGAAGAUGCUAGUAAAACUAUAAAGGAUGAAAGUAAGCCAGAACAUAAGCCUAAGGAGGAGCCAACCACCACAAUUAUUGAUGACGAUGAUGAUGACGUGAUGAUUGUGAAGGAAGAUGGGGAGUUGGAAAAGCCCACUACAUCGGCCAAUACAUCGAGUGGCUCUAUUGGCACCGGCAGCAGCAAUGCUAAAGAGCAAAAGCCGAAGAUUGAAGAGAGUCUUGAAGUGUUGAAGCGCAAAUUUAUGUUCAAUAUUGCCGAUGGUGGUUUCACCGAACUGCACACACUAUGGCUGAACGAGGAGAAGGCCGCCGUACCGGGGCGUGAGUAUGAAAUUUGGCAUCGUCGGCAUGACUAUUGGCUGCUGGCAGGUAUUGUGACACAUGGAUAUGGGCGUUGGCAAGACAUUCAAAAUGACAUCCGUUUUGCCAUUAUCAACGAGCCUUUCAAAAUGGACGUCGGUAAAGGCAAUUUCUUGGAGAUCAAGAACAAGUUUUUAGCGCGCCGUUUUAAACUACUAGAGCAAGCAUUGGUUAUAGAGGAGCAGUUGCGACGCGCGGCAUUCCUCAAUUUGGCUCAAGAUCCCAAUCAUCCGGCGAUGUCAUUAAACGCACGUUUCGCCGAAGUCGAAUGUCUUGCCGAGUCGCAUCAGCACUUAAGCAAGGAAUCGUUGGCCGGCAAUAAGCCAGCCAAUGCUGUACUUCACAAAGUCCUCAACCAGCUAGAGGAGUUAUUGUCCGACAUGAAGAGCGACGUUUCGCGCCUGCCAGCCACAUUGGCGCGUAUACCGCCUGUUGCGCAGCGCCUGCAGAUGUCUGAACGCUCAAUACUUUCCCGGUUGGCAGCCACAGCAGGCAACUCAUCAAAUGCGGCCCAACUAAUGGCUCAGUUCCCAGCCGGUUUCCAAGGCACUACUUUGCCCGCCUUUGCUGGUGGUCCAGCAGGAAAUUUCGCUGCAUUUAGACCACAAUUUUCCGUACCCGGACAAUUGUCGAACGCUUCUGGCAGCAAUGCAACAAACAAUUAAACAAUUAUACCAAUAAUUUUACGUUUGUUACUUUUAAUAUACAUAUUUUUCCUACUAUUUAAUUUUAAAAUUUUAUCUCAUGUCUUAUAUAAACAUGCAAUUUGCGUAUGUAUAUGUUUAGUGGUAACCAGAAUCGAAAUACAGACCUUAACUAUUAAAAUCAAUUUUUACUGUUAAAAAUUUACUUUUAGCCUUUAGUAAUAGAUUUGAAAUUAUAACUACACCAGCACUUCACUUUUGCGCUCUACAAAACCUAAAGCAAAGUUGUUUGACACAUUAUCGAUUAAAAUGACUACCAAAAAAAAAAAAUCAUUUUUAUGACAAGCUACAUCCAUAUGAGAUAAGUUUCUUAACCCACUUUAUGUAAUUAACAAAUUGUUGUUAGAAUAUAAAAAAAACUGGUGGUCAUACAAAAUUAUAAAAUUUAAGUGGUUCAAAUUGCAUUAUGUUUGUAUUUACAUACAUGCAUACAUAAAAUAAGUGGAUCGGAUAUAACUGAAUACAAUUGUGGAAAGUUGCAGAAAAGUGGGUUAUGUUGAAGAACAAUCGAAGGCUGACGAAACUGAAGCACACACUAUUAUCGGCGAUUACAAUAGACUCCAGCAAUGAAAAUAGCCAGAAAUCAAUAUUUUAAUAGAAAUCCAUUAAAUCAUACCGAAACCAUAUAGAAUAUCACUACUAUUUGAAAUAUGAACUCUCAAUGUCAACUUAUUCAAUAGAUAUUCAAACAAUAUGCAAAAACCAUUUUUUAUGUGUUUUAAAAAGUAUUUGUCAACACUAAUUAAAGUAUUCAAUUUAAAAGACGUAUAUAAAUACAAUACAAUAAAUAUAACAUCAACAAUGAACAUUCUUCA